GCCAUAAAGAGCUCCGCGUUACCUGCCAAGCGCUCAGGUCGAUCCGGCGGACGGUCCCGCUUCAGUCUUUCAGUCCAAGUUUUGGAGGAUCACUGUGAUUGGCUGCAGAGGGAACUGGAGCUCUCUCUCUCUCUCAGCCCACCCACCGGUUAUAGGGAGAUUUGCAGACUCAGUUUCCUUCCUUGUAUUGAGUCUUGGACCUGGCCCCGGGGUGGAACGGCACACACACACAGCGCGCGCCAUGGCAGCUACGCACAGCGAGUACAGAGCCUACCUGCGGAACACCGUCGACAUCGAGGCAGGCCAGCACCGCUUCCACCCGGUGCAGAGCUCGGAGUCCACUUACCGGCCGCUGUUAUUCGGGACCCUCGCUGUUAUGGGAUUGCUUCAGGUGGCCUCCAGUGUGGCGAUCUUACUGCACCUGACAGGUUAUCUGCAAGAGGUAGACUUGUCCACAACCCCACAUCGACCUAUAGAGGAGGUGCAGACUGAACCAGUUCUAAAUGCUCUGAAAGACCCAAGGAAAGUCAGACGGUGCAAAACCAAAGAGAACCUGCCAUCAGCCCAUCUACCAAUCAGAGCACGCCAAGAUUUGUCUAAGAAAAUCGAGGAAGCCAUCAACAUCGAAUGGGAUGAAGUGCAUGGAAACCUCCGCAGGAUGGACUACCAGAAGGGAAGACUGAUGGUAAAGGAGUCGGGUUUCUACUAUGUAUACUCAAAAACCUGCUUCCGCUACUACAAGAUCGUAGGAGCAGAAGACAGCAGCCAGGUUGAGAUCCCCCAAGUGGAGGUUAGCAACGCCCAACUCAUCCAGUAUGUCUUCCAUGUGAGCAUUAAACAGAACAGCAAGCCUACAUUGCUGAUGAAGGUGGGCAGCACCAUGCGCUGGAAUGACACAAGCUACAACAUGUACUGCGCCCAGCAGGGUCGAGGGGUAUACCUGGUCGAAGGGGACGCCUUGUUUGUCAAUGUGUCCAAUGCUUGGAUGCUGGACCAGGAGGCAGAAGGGACGUAUUUUGGGGCCAUAAAGUUGGGUAACUGAAACUUUAAUACGUGUGGAGCGGACAUGCUACUGAACAUUUUUUAUGCCAAAGAACCACUGUUAGUGAUUUAUAAUGUUGACUUGUCAAAGAAAAUUUUGUUUUUUUUAUUCUACAUGUGUAGGUUUUUUUGUGUUUAAUUGCUCUUCAUUGACUAUCCCUGGAAUCUUUCAUAUUAGAGAAAAAGUUAUGGAAUAGGUAACCACCUCAUAAAACCAUAUCUUUCUUCUUUCACACAGUUUUCAAUUCCAAAAUAGAACUGGAGCUUUAUUGAACAUUUUUCUGAAAGUGUUGUGGUUUGUAUUGGAUAAUUUCAAUACUUUGUGAUUAUGAUUAGACCAUUAAGACUCAAGAACGGACAUGUGUUUAUGCUCUAAUUAAACAAACCACAUAGGGGAACUAAGGAAGUGAGUUUUUUGGCAUGAAGUGCAACCAGAAAGGAUUUAUUAGCACUCAUUGUUGGAAAAAUUGUCCAGAAGGAGCACUGUAGUAGAUAUAGCAUCUGCUUGUACUUAGUGGAUUUAUAACAGGAUAAAAAUAACAAGCCUUUUGGCCCUUAGUCUGACACACAACAGUGAAUGCAUAAAUGUUUACCUGAAGGUUUUUGGAAGUGUGAACAAGGCAGGAAAUGAGGCGUCCUCAUAGUAAGUAACUCAACAGCCUAAUUCCAAAUAUGCAUAUGGGUGGCGAUUUCUUUAUUUCAUGCUUACAAUCUCAGAAGCAUCAUAAAAGACUCACUUUGACGCUAGCAUUGUUUUAAGGCAACAAAACCUAAGUAUGCACCAAAAACUUAUUCAAUAUUCUGUCUUAAGUGGCCAUUGAAGGCGUUUUGAUCGACAAUGUCAUUCAGACCCAAGGAGGAAAUGACAUCUUUUUGUUUUGUUUGUGACAAUCAACAAGCGAUGCAGAUAGCUGGACUGUCUGACCAUAAAUGACAUGAAUAGAUUUAUGUCAUUAAUUAAAGUGACCAAAUUGAGUUUGGUUCGUCUUUAACUUAAAUUUUGUUUUUUCAUUUGGCUCGUUAGUGAGGUAAAUGGGAAUAUGCACUAAAUAUUUAUUUAUUAGCUAUAGAAGUACAGAGAGGGGUCAUUGUUAAAGUGACCCAUCAGCUGUUAAAAAAUCAGUUAUAUUUUAUGUCUGUAUGACAUUUAUUAUACAGCACUUAGAGACAACAGUAGACACGCUUUUUGUUAUUAAAACACAGGGGCUUCAUUUCAAAUUUUAUAUUUAUGUAUCUCGAUUUUGACAAUUCUGUGUGUACUUGCCUAGCCAAAAGCAAUAUGGAUAUAUUGUCCCUUCUACAAGAUUGUAGCAUACCUGUAAAAGCUUCAUUUGAUAGAUUUUUCCAUUAAGUUUUCUUAUUAUUUAUGUUUGUGUAUGUUUUAAUAAAAACAAAAACUACUUUUGUAA